AUGGAGAAUCAAGCCUCCCUCAACAGUAUCCAGAAGACUAUCUCUUGCCCGCGGAUUUCAUAUCUACCAUCUCUACUCCCUAGACUACGAUCUUUCUUUGCUUCUUCAUUAAUUGAACCCAAAUCACAACCCCACGAAGGAUGGUUCUCCUUCGAAGGUGUACCGUUGAAAUGGCACCUGCCCAUCGGCUUACUCUAUGAUCUUUACGCUGGCGCAGAUCCAGCGUCCAAGGGCUCUAGGCCCGACGAAUCAGAACAAAUUAUCAGCAGCGUAGGCGAUACGCUUCCAUGGCGACUGACGCUUCACUUCAGCGACUGGCCGGAUGAAGAGCUUGUGCGACUCGAUGCAGAUGGCAUGGUGAUGCACGACGCCUUCAUCAACAGCGUGAAGGAGGCCGACUUCCUCCGCAACGGUACCGCGAAGGGAAUCAUGAGUCUCUCUAAAGAGGACUCAUCUGGAUUAUGGGAAGCUGUACAAGACGUUGACCUCCCCUCCUUCCAGCGCAUUUCUAACAUUCUUCUACCCGCGCCCAAUCAGCCCUUUCGCAACGUCCCCAUUCGCUUCUUUCUACCUCUGCCUCCGGACUCGGGCUCCCCGUCCCUCAAAGUCGUCCAGUCCCCGCUCCCACCGAGUAUCCCAGCCUCUACGGCGAAUGCAACUCAAUCCACCGUCUUGCGGGGUAAGCCGGCCUCUCAACUGCAGACAAUAGGAUCUGCACUGCACUCGCUACUCCCUAAUCUGUUUCCGAGUCGCAGGACUCCUGUGCUGGCGAAACCGGUGUUGCAUGGCGCCGCGGUGCCAAUGUCCGCACCCGUCGAGGAGGUGGCCAGGAGCGCGGCGUAUGGAGAUGGAUGGGUGUACAUUGUAGUUCGAAUGAUGGGCUGA